AUGUCUGUUUCAACCGACCAAGAUACAGACGAGGUAUGGGAUCUGCUGGAUGCACUUGAAAGGUACAAUUCGGCGCUUGACGUAGAAGAACUCGACGAUGGAGAGAUGGCAUCUCUGGAGGAAGCAUUGGCAUAUGACCCUACUUCUCGACCCAUUGCUUCUAGGGCUUCGAGUGGCGUACUGGACAACGAACAGAUAGAAGUUCCUCAUUUCCCUGAUCUAUCAGAGCGAUUGCUAGCAGAUGUCAGGAAAGGUGAAGCCAGAACAAGUGAGCCCAUAUCCAAGGGAGUCUUGCAGAGUGAGGAAAGUGCUUUAGUAGAUAUGGCGAGCAAGGCAAGAUUCGAGGAGUUAUUGGGAACACAAAUGGGCCUCACUCGCUUCGAAGAAUGGAUCAACCAUGAAGGUCUACCUGGGUCUAAGGAGUUAAUGAGGUACUACAAAGAUUUAAGGGCAUACAUGACCUUAUUCAAAGAAGUACAGGCGAUCGGUUCUGGGAUGCAGGAGGUAUACUCUGAGAAGACGGUUCACGGGCAUGGACCAAUUGACUCAUCUCCCGUGCGAACAAUGGAUUACACUUCAGGUUUAACAUCUGCUUCGCUCAGCCUGCGUUCAGCACAGCAAGCCGCAACAGAAAGUUUGUAUGCUUCGGAGUUCAGAAGAUUCGUUGCUGGCAAACUGACCGAGCAAGCGAGAGCGCGACUGCAAUUCAUUCCAGACCAUGAUAAGAGAGGCAAUCUGGGAGAGGUGUUCUGUAUCGCCGAUCCGCGUCUACCUGACCAGCCCCUCGUCUACAUUUCCGAUGGAUUCUGCCGGUUAUCAGAAUAUUCCAGAGCUCUUUUGAUCGGUAGAAACUGUAGAUUUCUACAAGGUCCGAAGACUGAUAAGUCUUCGAUUAGAGCGCUACGAGACGCUAUCGAGGAGGGAAGAGAACACUGUUGUCUGCUUCUUAACUACACCCGGACGGGUAAACCGUUCUGGAAUUUGCUCAAUAUGAUUCCUUUGAGAGGUGUAAAUGGGGCUGUUGAGCUGCUGUUGGGUGCGCAGAUCGAUGUGACUUCUGCUAUCUCAAGCUCUAAAGCCUUCAAGAAUCUGGAAGACCUGGUAGACGGAAAGGAUGGUAAGGAUCGAAGUGCGAAUGCAUUCGGCUUCAGUGAUGAGCUCCUCGUGCAUGCGGAAAAACACCUUUCGACACCAUCGAUCGGACGACGAUUACAACGACCGCCAUCGUCCAUCAGCGCACCUGCCACUCCGUCUCUACCAUAUCCAGGCCCCGCAGCAGUGACUCAGCGGUACCAGACCUCCUCUCCCAAGAUCGGUAGCCCUCAAGUAUCGCAAGACAGGAGGUCGGGUUGGAUCUCUAAGCUCAAGAAGAGAACGGAUGUUCCUAUUUCGAUGACUUCGAAUAUCAUUACUCCCAAUGGGCAUGUAGCAACGCCGCAGAUCCCGGCCAGGCUCAGAGACCGAAUGGCAGAUUUCUCUGCUGCUCAUGCAAAAUUAAUCAUCUUCGAUGCGAAAUGCGGUCGCAUACAGUACGUGACUCCGCCUUUGUUGGCAUAUCUUCGAUACCCGAUACGGAAACACAAGGACCGACUAACUUCCAGCCUGUUACGUAUGGAUAUCGUUGACCUACUGACUGGGGGGACACCCAGCGAAACAAACUCAAUCAUCAAAUCCAUAGACGACAUCGUUUCCAACGAAAGCACCCAUUCUGUCUUCGCCGGUUUGUUACUAUUUCAAUCUGGGCGGGAUGCACCCGAUCACAUUGCAGAUGCUGUGACCGAAGGUGGAAAACGAUAUGCCAGGAGUUUGUUGCAUCUGACGCCUGUCAAGGAUAGGAGAGACAAGUCGCAGCUAUACGUCGUCGUUGUUGGAUGA